CUUUUAGGGUAGGGCGCGGGCCCACCGGGUGACCGAGCUCGUAACAUUGUACGUGUGGUUCCGUUCACGUCUCUUUCGUACCGUGCUGCACACUUGGUAACCCGUUGAGUUGCUCGGAGUGCACGUGCGUGCUCGAGCGAGCGAGCGAGGGAAGAGGGAGGGAGUGAAAUCUGUCGUCGGAGGGAAGGAAGGAAGGUCUGUCAGUGGAUUUUGCAGGCGCGACAUUGGAUUCGAAAUAAGGCGGUGGCUGCAGAGUUUUGAGGGCUCGGUACUCGUGUUGGUGCUGACUGUAGGACUGCGUUCUUGGGUGUUUUUUUCAUCGGCCACUCCGCAAUCUUGCGUGUCGGAUCUUCCAUGCUGUCGACAGGGGUCGUGGUUGUUCUCGGUGAGGGCUCGUGUACGCUUCAGCAGUCGGGGUUCAUGUUUAGCACCACCUGAGAAGUUGAUUGCGCAUUGCAAUCCUCCGAGUGCGGCAGGUAUGGCUGAGAAUGUGCCACCUGCGGAGAAGGCGUCCUUGAAGAGGAAGGCCGAGGAAUUGAUGGUCGUUGUGAAAGAGGAGAUACAAGAGACCAAGAGACGGACUACGAAUGUGGCUUGUGUUCACGAAGUGGCCAUUCCUCCUGGCUUUGAAGCUUCUCUGAGUGAGCAGAUUCAUGGUACCAUACAUAAUCCAGUGUACACAGGAUCCAGGGCUAAAACGUACCCAUUCAAGCUGGAUGCCUUUCAGGAAACCUCGGUUGCAUGUUUGGAGCGGAAAGAGUCGGUGCUGGUGUCAGCUCACACGUCUGCUGGCAAGACUGCGGUUGCCGAGUACGCGAUUGCCAUGGCCUUCAGAGACAAGCAGCGAGUCAUUUACACAUCGCCGUUGAAGGCUUUGAGCAAUCAGAAAUACAGGGAGCUUAGCCAGGAAUUUCAGGAUGUCGGACUGAUGACAGGUGACGUGACGAUAGCACCCAAUGCAACGUGUAUCGUGAUGACAACCGAAAUCUUACGAGGAAUGCUUUACAGAGGCUCGGAAGUACUCCGGGAGGUCGCUUGGGUGGUAUUUGACGAAAUUCACUAUAUGCGGGAUCGGGAGAGAGGAGUCGUGUGGGAAGAGAGCAUAAUUUUUCUCCCGAAUGAAGUUAAGAUGGUCUUUCUUUCCGCCACUAUGUCAAAUGCGAAGGAAUUUGCCGAGUGGAUUUGCCACUUACACCAUGAGCCUUGUCACGUGGUGUACACUGAUUACCGUCCGACCCCUCUUCAGCAUUACGCAUUCCCCAUGGGGGGCAGCGGAUUAUAUCUGAUAGUCGACGAGAAGGGGCAAUUUCGAGAGGAUCAUUUCAACAAACUUACCGAUACAUUUCCGAAAGAAGGACGUGCCGAGGACGGCAUGAGCCCACCAGGUGGGGGUAGGGGUAGGGGUAGAGGUGGCAGAGGUGGCAGAGGCGGUGGCAGAGGAGGAAGGGGUGCUGUACAAGGACCACCAGAUAUCUACAAAAUUGUGAAGAUGAUUAUGGAGAAGAAGUUCCAGCCCGUGAUAGUAUUCAGCUUCAGUCGUCGUGAAUGUGAACAAUAUGCUACAUCAAUGCCAAGGCUUGACUUUAACACGGACGAAGAGAAGGCCGUUGUACAAGAAGUAUUUAACAAUGCAAUUCAGGUUCUUGCUGAAGAGGAUCGCAACCUACCUGCAAUUGGUCAUAUUCUACCAAUUUUGCAGAGAGGAAUAGGAGUGCAUCACUCAGGGCUACUGCCCAUACUGAAGGAGGUUAUAGAGAUACUUUUUCAAGAAGGCCUUAUAAAGGCUUUAUUUGCGACAGAAACGUUUGCCAUGGGGUUGAACAUGCCUGCCAGGACCGUCGUAUUUACAGCUGUGCGAAAGUGGGAUGGAGAUAGUCAUCGCUGGAUGUCUUCGGGAGAGUAUAUUCAGAUGAGCGGGAGGGCAGGCCGACGAGGGAAGGAUGACAAGGGAAUUUGCAUCAUUAUGCUUGAUGAACAGAUGAAAAUGGACACAUGCAAGGAAAUGAUAACCGGAAAGCCUGCACCUCUUGUCAGCACAUUUAGAUUGAGUUAUUAUACUCUCCUCAACUUGAUGAGUCGUGCAGAAGGACAGUUUAAUGCCGAGCAUGUGUUAAAAAAUUCCUUCCACCAGUUUCAGCAUGAGAAGGCUUUGCCGGAAGUAGAAGCCCUAAUUUCCAAGCUAGAGAAGGAAGCUGCCGAAAUAGAAGCAACUGGCGAGGAAUCCAUGGUAGAAUACCACAGGCUAAGGCUGAACUUGGCGCAACUAGAGAAAAAGCUAAUGGCCGAGGUGCUUUUACCUGAGCGUGCUCUUAUGUUCUUGCAGCCGGGACGCUUGGUGAAAGUACGAGAUGGAGGAGAAGAAUGGGGUUGGGGUGUGGUUGUAAAUGUUGUGAAGAAGCCUCCUGUUUCUCAUAAUACUGUACCCUCUGCAGUGUUGACUGCACCGACCUCAGCCUUUUACAUCGUAGAUACACUGUUGCACUGCGGACUCGGUUUGAUACAAGAAGGUUCUCGACCAAAGCCUCGACCUUGUCCUCCUGGAGCAAAGGGAGAGAUGCAUGUGGUACCGGUUCAAAUGCCGCUCAUCUGUGGAAUUAGCGCUCUUCGAGUCGCAGUGCCAGGAGAUUUAAGACCUGCAGAUGCCCGACAGAGCAUUCUUCUUGCUGUUCAGGAGCUUGAGAGACGCUUCCCAGAUGGGUUGCCCAAAUUGGAUCCAAUCGCUGAUAUGGGCAUUCAAGAUGAGGACUUCGUGAAGAUCGUGAAAGAAAUUGAGGAAGAAGAGAAGAAGCUGGUUGCACAUCCUCUUUUCAAUUCUGAGAAGGAGUUAAGUUGUUUCUCGGCUUUUCAAAAGAAGGCAGAGCUUUCAGCCGAAGCCCAGAGGCUCAAGGCCAAGAUGCGUGAUUCUCAGUUGCACAAGUUCAGAGAAGAACUUCGCAAUCGAUCGAGAGUCCUGAAACGUCUGGGACAUAUAAAUGAAGAUGGAGUCGUAGAACUGAAAGGACGUGCAGCGUGUCUCAUUGACACUGCCGAGGAGCUCCUUGUGACGGAACUGAUGUUCAACGGGCUAUUCAACAAUUUGGACCAUCAUCAAAUCGUCGCUGUGUCAAGUUGUUUCCUCCCUGUGGACAAGUCAAAUGAAAUGGUACACUUGAAGAACGAAUUGGCAUGGCCUCUCCGUAAGCUUCAAGAAACUGCGAAGAUGGUUGCCGAGAUCCAACGGGAGUGCAAACUGGAGGUUGAUGUAGAGAGCUAUGUGGAAUCGUUUAAGCCCACCCUGAUGGAUGUCAUGUACAGCUGGUCCAAGGGCGCAAAGUUUGCUGAGGUCUGUGAAAUGACUGACAUAUUUGAAGGUAGCAUCAUCAGAGCGGCACGACGCCUGGACGAGUUUUUGAACCAGUUACGAGGGGCUGCACAAGCAGUAGGAGAUGGAGAUUUGGAGAAGAAGUUUGCCGCAGGGAGUGAGAGCAUACGGCGGGGUAUUGUAUUCGCCAAUUCUUUGUACCUGUAGAGAAAUUUUGUUUCACACUUACCACCUCUAUGGGCUGCAUUUUAAAAGCCUCAAGGGGACAACAUUUGGACGUCUUCCUUCAAGGGGAUCACUGUAUCUUCCUAUGUACAGUGCUUAACUUUUGAAGUUAACGUCCCUUGCUAUAUAAGCCCGACUAGGUCAAUCUGGCUUGCUUUGUACUGUUGAUCACCAUAUAUAGAAUCCACUCUACACAUUCCAGAGAACUUGCAUUAGCUAGGACCAGCGCGUGCCAAGCUAGUUGCGACUUGAGUUUUUGAUCAUGUUCAUGGCUGCACGAAAUUACCGUUAGAGUUGAAGUUACUGCUGAGGAAGAUGAGGGUGAGGAACUUCAGUUGAGUCAUAUUAGAAUCAAAUUGCUCGCAGUGUAGAGAGAACUUACUAGUCUCUCUGCCUGCAUCACGGGGCAAUCUAGAUGUAACCAGAGGUUUGUGGUGAAGGCUACGAACAUAAAUGAAAGUGGGCCGUAUCACCCCCAAAACAGGGCAGAUGAAUUCAAAUCAUGGGGUCAAAUUUUAGGUGUAUUGUGGAUCAAAUGCACUCUCAGUUGUAUGAUAUAAGGUUUGCCUGUAGAAGAACUACCAGUUCCUGUUAAUGAUAUAUGCCUGUCUAUGACCUUGUAGUCUGCAUAAUGUCUGCUAGAUCAAGGUGAACUCAUUGUUUUGGAAGCGUCGAUUAUCGUUCCUGUUGGUCUUACUUACUGUUAGAUUACAGGACAUGUGACAAGACCCUGUCCUCUUCAGCCUGUGAUAGGUGGUUUGCUACUUGUUAUAAAAAAUGAAGACGUAGGACUUUCUUGGCUCCAAUUACAAUCUAUCAUAAGUUAAGAGGGUAGUUCUCGUUGUAGUUGCUUCGCUUUUGCUGAUGAGAUGCCUAAGAAGGUGACGCUUUAUUUGUUACACGGAGACAUAGUUCUGUAUGGAUCAGGCAUCAUUGAUAUCUGAUCUGAGCUAGACUCAAAAUAGUCCUGAUAUAGGACCCGCAUGAAUAUUUUCAAGCUUUGCGAACCUUACCACUGUUUGGUGUGCUUGUCGAUUCACACCAUGCGUCUAGUCCCUCCUACCGUCACAGUCUGGACUAGAGGGCGUUGUAGUUAACUAUACUUCUGUGAAGUUAUCUGGCCGCUUCAUAUUGUUUUAUCACCGGUUAGCAACUUGCCAGUUCACGUUACUGCAGAACACUACUCUGAAGACGUGGAUUGUAGCUUUUUGUCAUGAAUACUGGCAAUCCACUCGCAAGUUCGUUGCCAAAUUAGUUUCACGCCUUUGAUGCCUGUUUAGGUGUCUAUUAUUAUACCGCUUUGGGGCAGUCACUAAUUCUUCCAAUUGCGUCAUAUCUCUCAUCGAAGGCCUGUCGGAAGAAAAGUUUGGUUGAAAACCACGUACUAAAUUUUUCUACUGCCACUUAUUGGUUUUCAAAAGUUUCUGCUAGAGUUUAAAGAUCACUGGCUUUCGCAGUUAUUUUUCAGGACAAUAUUUCUGCUGGGUCUGUAGCCUUUUCUGUACACUCAGUGCAUUUUAGGUCUUGUUUAGGAGAAAUUGUUUAUUCAUGACUUCUUAUCUCCAAAUGCGGGGUAUCAACCGGGAAACGUGAUUAUGUUUGCGACACGAAGAGCCUGUUAUCAAAGUUCACCCCUACAGCUUGUCAUCUGUGGUUGGAAUGGUUAGGAAAGAAGUUUUUACGGGCUCCAUGUAUUUAGUAAUGUUAAGAAAAGGCUCAAGUUUCUAUCUUGAGCUUCUAUUGUCUCGUUCAAGUACAACCCCUUCUUCUAAGAAACUAGUUCUUGGCUGAUUGAUACCGAUGAAAUGAGGGCUCCGACUCGGUAUUCUGCUGUGAGAUGUAGCAUAAUGUGCAUCAGUGUUCAAUGCCAUGAAUAUAGACGUCGGAGGUCCAGAAACGAAUAGGUUGUUGAGAAAGGAAAGUCGGACUCGUUGAUCCAGGGUUUGAACGUCACUUCUUGAAAAUCCAUGACAACGGCACGAGUUAAGUAUUCUUUCAACUCAAAGCUGACUUUGUGAAUCCUUAGGAUACGAGUCGAAGUUCUUAUAAUGUACAAGCUUUUUCUUGCAACGGUGAGAACAAGAGGGUUUUCAGGAUGGUGCAUAUCUCAAAGUAUAUAUGAACUUCUGCUUUGAACUGGUGGACCAAACAGCAGACUUAGCUCUUAGGAUAUAUGCAGUUGUGCGAAAUUGUAAGUGGUGUCGAUUCAAUAAUUUUCCGAAGAGAUUUUUAAGGAAGUUUAUGGGCAAAAGGCAUACUUGAUGUUUGUCGAGAAGGAUAUCACGUCUACUUUACCAACAAAUGGGAUCAAGCUGUGGAGUGAAGAUUGAGGGAGUUGUAUCGGGAUUUAUGUCAACAAAGCACGCAACCUUGUUCUCGACUGGUGGCGGUUGCAGAGAAUACCUGCCAGUAAAAGAGGUAUCGAAUUAUCGUAAGCUUGGAGGUAAUUUUGCACUGUGGCUAUCAAGGCAGAGCACGAAGUUGGUUUAGUACACGUUCCCUUUGUUUUGUCAAAAAUACUUCCUUAAUGGCAGCUUACAUGCUGGGUUCCUGCCUUCAGAAAUUUCUCUGGCGACAUCUUCUUCACAUCCAUGUGCAUGAAUAUGUCAUCGGUUGUCAUGCAAAACUAUCCCUCGCGCGUUCUUGCCAUUCAUGGGGUGAUUGGUUUGAAUGUGGCUGGAUGGCAUAGCUUCGCUUGCAGUUACAGUGACCUUAAACUUACUUCCUGAUAGCCUUCGUCCGCAGCUUCAAGAUACUUCUGUUACGUGGCAUGUGGACAGAAAAGGUGGUGGUUUAAGUUGCUGGAUUUAUGUAGUGUGAACCUAUGGCUUUGUAAAAUUGGGAUAUCCCGCUGCCACAUACAUUGCAUACAGGAUUCUAGCUUUUCACGCAUAUUUCCUGGACAGGUAGUUCCUUCAAGCUCGAAGAUCUAAAGAACUUGUAUUCAUAACCUGAGGUUGUUAUCAGCGAAGUUGCUCGAGAGCCACCACUUGUACUUUGGAGUACCCAAUGUUCCUGUUUUGCUGCCAACAACAGGAGGAGAAGUUAUGAAGGACUUCUGAAUCAGCCUCGGAAGGUGAGAUUAAGGUUGAUUACCCAUCCUGUUUGGUCCAAGAGGGGAAAGAAACAUAUUCGGUCAAAGUUCGUAGUAAACGGGUGAAGUGCCUACAUCCGUGUCUCUAAACGCCCCAGCCGUACAGAAUAAUCGCCGACAGAUGACUUCAGUGGAGUUGGUAUGGGAUGCGUGGAGUGCUUCCUUGCAGUUAGUCAGCGUGAAGAGGAAGGACCACAUGCCGCUAACCUCUUCAAAUUCCCUGGUAGCCUGAUUUGAAGCUGUGUGCCAGCCUGAUUUGUAGUCAACGCUUCGAACUUAACUCGUUGGAGGAAUUCCAUUUAUCAGGAAACUCAGGUUUGCUCGAUGUUUACAUAAGCUUAUCUGCGACACAGCCCCAGGUAUACUUUCGAGUCACCUGCUCAGUGUACGGUUUUUGUACUUCUAAAAAAACGUGAAUGUGAUGAUAGAGAAGCGUGGAACUUUCCUGCGGAUGACAAGUUUCACAUAUUCUAGUCACUCCUUUCGAACGUAGAACCUCUUGGAACGAGGCCGAGGUCAGCGCGAAUAACUUCUUCAGGACGUCUCAUCGUUGUCCAUCAUGGGGUUUGCAUGUUAAUAUGUACAUGUCAGUUAAUCUUCCUUUGUGUUUCUUCUUGACAUUGCGUCUAAAGCUUGCAACAACUAUUAGUUGAAGGUUCCUAUUUCCUGAAUUUCUAACUCCGCAUCUCUCAACGGAGGAUCUGAUUGGUUGUCACGGUCAUGUAGGCUCGGCUUCCCCCUUUUGAGAUUACAGCUAGUCUUGUCCUUAUAUAUGUACACUUUCACGCGCGAAAGAUUUGAAGAUUGUGCUCAAGCAACAACGCAGGUAACAGGUCCAUCGCUAGAGGACGAGUUUGUUUACCUCAAAUGUGCGGUUACUGCUGUAUGCGAUGCCAAAGCCAGGACCUCGCGUAGCUCGUGGAAGAUGUAUCAAGAAGUCAUUAGCUUUUUUGAAACAGUGUCAGCAGACUUUUGUACCACUUGGAUAUUGACGAUGUGGCGUAUCCUGAACAAGUCGGAGCUUGGAAAACACGUGUGAACUGAAGUCCAAGUAAGGACUAGGUAUGUGAAGUAUCAAUAAGAGGAUGGAGGUGUAUCAAUUGCAACCAAAAGAAUAUAUCCAGUGUCCGACUGCACAGCGGAUAGUCGCACAUACUCGGGAAUCCCAAUUUUGCAGCUUCAUCCUUCGCAUCCAUUUCUUUUCAGCACCCCAGAGUGGCGGCUGGCACUCAAUCACGGAGACCUACAUCCUGACUGUCGUCCAGCUUUGGUUAGUAGAGCAAAUGCAAAUCGCAGUAACUUGGCCUUUUUCUACCGCGGUGUCCAUAUUGUACGCGAGAUCAAUCGUGUCAGGAGGAAGGCGCAACAUAUUCGUAAACAAUUGAUCGGUUAAGGUAUUCCGCUGGUUCCAUCGUCCAUCAUUCGGAAUACGAAAGUCUGUCAUGAUUGCAGGCGUUGACAUUCUUGCCUAACCUAUGAGAGUGAUACUCAAGGUUCAAAUGAGCAAAGCUGACAACUGCGCGGGAUGGGAAAAGGGUCGUUUAUUGGCGCGAUGAGUUAUCUUCAUGAAGACAAUUUACACUAUCGACGACCGAAUGGACCGUCUGCUUAUGGAGUCACGGUCCAGAUCAGUCUACUUGGAGGAUACCGUGACCACUCAAGGAGCAAAAGUAUGUGACCUUUUUAUUAGAUUUGUAGCGUCUCAGGAUCGGAGGUUACCAGGCAUCACACCUGGUCAGAUUACUUGGGCUACAGGAGAUAAUGAGACAGACCAGAGCAAACUUUCUCAAGGUCUUCCCAACGACCUCUCAUCUAAUGAUUGACUGCAGUUCACGUAGACCUUCUUCAAGCCUACAAGCAGACGGUAAAUCUUCACAAAAGGCUGUAGUGUGCUGACACCCGUUUUGUGCCGCUUAGAGGCAUGCUCAGUCACAAGCGAACGCUUCACGGCCAAAAGUAAGCUCUUUGCUUUUAAAAUUGACUUUAUCUUCGAGUAAAGUAAUCUACUGCACAAAGAUCUUUUUGUCGAUUCAAAUUCGGGGCACGAGUAUUUCUGAAGCAGCGAAGUGUAUGAGUGCUACAGACUUCGGCAGCUGAUCAUCAGGAUGCCAGAUUGCAAGCCCAGAUCCCAAGACAAGUUUCGGUACAAGUGUGUUCAAGUCAGCAACUGAAAACCAGCAUACAGCGGCUUCUUGCAGCGAGCCUCUAUGGAAGCGCCUACUUUAGCCCAUUUUCCAAUGAGUCGAAUUGUCACAGCAGUCUUGAAGUGGAUGGAGGAGUCCACAGCAAGUUGCAGCAGAAUCACGUUCAACGACCAGUCAAGUAAGCAACCAGGCAAGAUUGGUUAUGAAGCGAUCAAAGUACUCCUACUGUACCACUAAACCCAAUCAGAAACCCAUGUCUCUCGGGCCGAAAUACAUGGUUCCAAACACAUUCUGCUCCUGCAAGUACCCUCCAGACUUUCCCGCAGGCACACAUAAAAACGCUUCAUCAGAGUGAUUCUGAUUUGCCCACGGACACUUACGGCAGGCACCAGGUGGAGGAGCAUGGUACCGUCAAGACGUCAUAUGCCUGUGUAUGAGGUUGCUCUUUCUGCAGGUUUAUUCUCUCCUGGCGAGGACGGCAAAGAGGGGACUGAUGCUGAGCAGAGCAGAGCCGUUUUGGGAGCACUUUCCACCUAAAAUUGGUUUUGGCAGACAGAAAGCUGGAAACAGAUGAAAGAUAGAAAAGAGAAGAAAGAACAACGAGCGCCGAGUAAUAAAGCAAAAAGGAUGGCAACACCCAAUCUAGUCGUCAGGGAUGGAAGCAAACGGGUAGCAUGGGGCUAGGCCCCAAUAGGAAGACGAGGGAAUCCCUUCUAUAAGAAUGUCGAACAUAGUCUGCUGACGACAUUAUGUUAGAGUUCCUAUCUUUCUCCGUGACUCCCAUAGGCGCGCUGGAUCGCAUUUCCUCGCAAAUCUAUGGGCGGAGACUUUCUCGUCGCCUUCUCCUAUUCCCUUGCACUCUUUUUUUCCGCUCAGUAAUAUAUGUGUGUUGCCUCCGUCUUGUAUCAGAUGGAACAUCAUAAAUGCGCUUGGGUACAGCCCACAAAACUUUAUUGUCAUUUUGUUAAUUUCUGCUAUCGCCUUUCCGUUCACCUACCAAUAGGACCAGCCUUCACGAGACCAGGAGUACCAUGCGUCUUAGGGUAGGUCUGGUCAUACACUGCUUGUCCUAGAUAGAGUUGGAUGUAUGGUCUGAGCAGCCAAGUUUUGAACUCUAGGAUUUACAGUUUCUUGAAGAAUUAUUGGGAUUUUUUUGGCUUCAUACAUCAACUCAUUCGCCUUGUAUACAAGGAGGGUGUGUUUACUUAUUUUAUGCCUUUUACAAUUUCAACUUAUUCAGACCUUCCAAGUCAUCAUCAGUUAAAUGAAGUUUCAA